AUGGUUUUGAAUUUCCCAGAGUUGCAAACAUUUUGUGCUUGUUUGUUCUGCACCACAUGAAGACGAAAAUUUUAAGCUCAGAGAUCCAUCAUGCCUUAUCACGUCUUGCGUCUGAUUUAUUGAUGGUGAUACGAUGAAAUGAUUGAAAUAAUUCUCUUCUCGGGCGGGAAGCUAUAAAUGCACGCAAUUUUCACGAGUAUUUGAUCAUUUGUCCUGUAAACGGGAGUGAAGUGACGAUGAAGAUCGCGAUCGUGUUUGUGGCCAUCUUGGCCCUGUGUGCCGCCGAAAAGGCUCGUUUUGAUAAUUACCGCGUGUACACGUUGAAAGUGACCAAUGAGGAACAACUGAAGGAUCUACGGAUGCUUGAGGAUCAGGAUCAGGCCUAUCAGUUCUGGGACUUCCCGUCUGUUGUUGGACAGGAUUUAGAUAUUAUGGUGCCACCCCACAAAUUGGCUGACAUUGAGGAAUUCACAAAUUACCGCGGAAUUCCCAAGCAGCUGAAGAUCCAGAAUGUCCAGGAAUUGAUUGAUCAGGAAAAUCCUCUUGUUCAACCACGCUCCUUUGGGUGGACUGCCUAUUACCGCGUUCACGAAAUCUACGAGUGGCUCGAUCACAUCAUUGAGGAAUUCCCCGGUGUUGUAACUGGCCUCACUGUUGGACAAUCCUACGAAGGACGCCCAAUUCGUGCCCUCAAGAUCUCCUACGGCACUGGUAAUAACGCCAUCGUCAUUGAGAGUCACAUCCAUGCUCGUGAAUGGAUCUCUUCUGCCACUGCCACCUACGUUAUCAAUGAACUCUUGCGCUCCAAUGAUCCCGAAAUUAGAGAAAUUGCUGAGAACAAUGAUUGGUACAUCAUUCCUGUGUUGAAUCCCGAUGGACUCGAGUACACCAAGACUGAUAAUCGUAUGUGGCGCAAAACAAGGCGUCCCAAUGCCGGCAGCACUUGCGUAGGAACUGAUGCCAACAGGAACUACGCCUACAACUGGAUGCAGGGUGGUGCCAGCACAAAUCCAUGCAGUGAGACCUAUGCUGGUCCCAAUGCCUUCUCCGAGAGUGAAACCAGGACCGUCACGGACUACUUGAACACCGUCAUUGACAACAUCCGCGUCUACAUCUCCUUCCACAGCUACGGACAGUUGAUUCUUAGCCCAUGGGGACACACAACUGCUCAGGCUCCCAACCACAACCACUUGAUGGAGAUCAUGGAGGCUGCUCGCACCAGGAUCACCGCUGUUUAUGGCACACCCUACACCAUUGGACCCACAGCUGCCACUCUCUAUGUUGCCUCUGGAACAAGUCACGAUCACUUCUACGGUGAGCAGAGCAACAAUAUCAACGUUGCGUACACCUUUGAGUUCCGUGAUACAGGCAACUACGGCUUCAUCCUCCCAGCUAGCCAGAUCAUCCCUAAUGCCAUUGAGGUCACCCAAGGAUUGGUUGGCUUCGUUCAGAAAACCAAGGAGUUGGAAAAUAAAGAUCUUCCCAACAUGAAGAUCUGUGCUGUGUUUGUGAUUUCCCUGGCCGUUGUGGGAUUGGCUGAAAAAGUGAAGUUCAAUGACUACAAAGUCUUCACAGUAAUUCCGGAGAAUGAGGAUCAGUUGAAGGCUCUCAAGGAUCUUGAGCUUGAUGCUGUUGCUUCCUUUGAUUUCUGGGCCAGUGCCAAGUCCGUUGGUCAGAAAGCUGACAUAAUGGUGGCACCUGGACAAAUGGAGGAAUUCCACGAUUUCCUCCAAGAGAAUAAUCUUCAAACUUCCCUCAAAGUCGAGGAUGUUCAGAAGCUUAUUGAUAAUGAACGCCCCCUCAUCACUCCACGGAAUAUGGAAUGGUCUGACUACCAUCCUCUGGAGACCAUCUAUAGCUUCCUGGAUGAUGUGAUUGCUCAAUAUCCAGGUGUAGUGUCGAACGUUCAAAUUGGUAGUAGCACAGAGGGUCGUCCUAUGCGUGGAGUCCUGAUUUCCUACAACCAGGGCAAUCCCGGGGUGUUCAUUGAGGCCAAUACGCAUGCUCGUGAGUGGAUCACAUCAGCCACAGCUACGUACAUCAUCAAUGAAUUCCUCACGUCGCAGGAUCCGGAAGUGAGGAGGAUUGCUGAGAGCUACGACUGGUACAUCUUCCCUGUUGUCAAUCCCGAUGGUUUUGUCUUCUCGCACACCAAUAACCGCCUCUGGAGGAAGACGAGAUCCCGACAGGGAUUAAUUUGCCAAGGAGUUGAUCCCAACAGGAACUGGGCUCAUGAGUGGCAACCUGGUCCACCUGGAGCUAGUGAUGACAUCUGCUCACUGACCUAUGCCGGCCCAGAAGCCUUCUCCGAACCCGAAGUUCGUUCUGUGGGCAAUUUUGUCUUUGAGAAUCGCGAGAAAAUCCAAGUCUUCCUCUCCUUUCACUCCUAUGGUCAGGUACUCCUCUAUCCAUGGAGCUACAUUGCUCAGGAUACCCCUGACACAGCAAAUCAUAUUGUUAUUGGCAAUGCCAUGGCGGAUGCUAUUAGAACCUUGGAGGGUACAGAGUAUGAGGUCAAGAGUUCAUACGAUCUCUACGAACACUCUGGAACGGCUAUUGAUUACACCUAUGGGACAGCUGGUGUUAAAAUUUCCUGGACAUUUGAAUUCAGGGAUCAAGGAACUUACGGCUUUGUCCUGCCGGCACGAUUCAUUAUCCCCAAUGCAAUUGAAGCUCUACGCUCCCUGCCAGCUUUGCUGGACGAGAGCACCCGUCUGGGGUACAUUACGCAACUAAAAAGUCUCACCAAUUGAGAACUAAAACUUCUUCUUAAUGCUUCUUGAGUUUCCUGUUAAAAUAUGUUAUGAAAUAAAGAAUGAAAAGAUAUGAAUAUGAUCGUCC